UUGUUAUGAUCGGCACUACAUAUAGAAGGAGGAAGGCAACCAAGGAAGGCAAUCAAGUUGGCAGCUGAGUUUCCAUUAGAAGAGUUAUAUAAAUUAGGUAAUUUAAAGUAGGCUUGCUCGGUUAACAAUAAAGGAUAGAGUCCAAUUCGGUUUAGAUAUUGAGUUGUAUUCGGUUGAGGAGAGUUUUGGCUGCAGCUCUAUAAAUAAAGAGCAGCACGCAUGUAUCCAAAGGCAAGCAAUAAACAGUUCUAUUAUCUCAUCUCCAAUUCUCUGUACUCUCAUCUCCAUUGCUGUUAUCAUCUCCAUCCAGUUGACGCCCUAGGCGUUUCCUCCAUCAACAUCACGGGUAGAAAACCGGCCAAAGACAGGCCGGCUACCUCCCACUCCUAUCCGAUCAGAUCGCUGCCGCAAGGCCGUGACAACUUGGUAUCAGAGACCAUGUCUUCCGGAUCGGAGAACGACAAUGUUCAAGCUCUGAUCGCGGCGCAGGAAGAACGCUUUCAAGCGCGUUUCAUGGACAUCAACAACUCUUUCGGUGAAAUCAAAACCCUCUUGUCCAGUCUUAUGGAUCGGAUGACGGUAUUGGAGAAAGGCAAGAAUCUGGAAGAUGCUCCGAUCACAGGGGAUUUCGCGUUGUCGGCUGCAAAUCGGACGCCACCACCAGCUUCUUUUCCGGUGUUGGGCGGCGCUGAAAUUCUGCAACCGGACGGCAACAUGCGUCCGCCGCAGAGCUUCAUGACAGGACCGUCGCUCGGCGGUAACCAGCAAGUCCAUGACACCAGCGUAAAGGACUUCAAGGCUGAUGCAAGCAGCAUCGGUACUGGUGCAGUGCCUCGCUUCUUCAAGCUCGAGUUUCCACGGUACGAUGGCAAAACCGACCCUCUUCCCUGGCUUACUCGAUGUGAGCAGUUUUUCCGCGGACAAAAGACUGAAGAACAACACAAGGUAUGGCUUGCGUCAUAUCACAUGGACGACAAUGCACACCAUUGGUACUUCCACCUAGAACGCAGCCAUGGCGAGCCGCCCUGGCACGAGUUCAAGACCUUAUGCAACACACGCUUCGGGCCUCCAAUCCGUAGCAACCCCUUGGGUGAACUUCGUCAUCUUCGCCAGAAUGGAACAGUGGAAGAUUACCAGAGCCGAUUUUUGGCGCUCCUUAGCCAUUGA